AUGACAACACCAGUGUCAUACCAUUCCCCAAGGUCAUAUCUAGUAGCAAGUGUUACGGCCAGGACAGUGACAACACCAGUGUCAUACCAUUCCCCCAGGUCAUAUCUAGUAGCAAGUGUUACGGCCAGGACAGUGACAACACCAGUGUCAUACCAUUCCCCUAGGUCAUAUCUAGUAAUAAGUGUUACGGCCAGGACAGUGACAACACCAGUGUCAUACCAUUCUCUUAGGUCAUAUCUAGUAGCAAGUGUUACAGCCAGGACAGUGCCAUCACCAGUGUCAUACCAUUCUCCCAGUUCAUAUCUAGUAGCAAGUGUUACGGCCAGGACAGUGCCAUCACCAGUGUCAUACCAUUCUCCCAGUUCAUAUCUAGUAACAAGUGUUACGGCCAGGUCAGUGACAACUCCAGUGUCAUACCAUUCUCCCAGGUCAUAUCUAGUAGCAAGUGUUACGGCCAGGACAGUGACAACACCAGUGUCAUACCAUUCCCCCAGGUCAUAUCUAGUAGCAAGUGUUACGGCCAGGACAAUGACAACACCAGUGUCAUACCAUUCUCCCAGGUCAUAUCUAGUAGCAAGUGUUACAGCCAGGACAGUGCCAUCACCAGUGUCAUACCAUUCUCCCAGUUCAUAUCUAGUAGCAAGUGUUACGGCCAGGACAGUGCCAUCACCAGUGUCAUACCAUUCUCCCAGUUCAUAUCUAGUAGCAAGUGUUACGGCCAGGUCAGUGACAACUCCAGUGUCAUACCAUUCUCCCAGGUCAUAUCUAGUAGCAAGUGUUACGGCCAGGACAGUGACAACACCAGUGUCAUACCAUUCCCCCAGGUCAUAUCUAGUAGCAAGUGUUACGGCCAGGACAAUGACAACACCAGUGUCAUACCAUUCCCCCAGGUCAUAUCUAGUAGCAAGUGUUACGGCCAGGACAGUGACAACACCAGUGCCAUACCAUUCCCCCAGGUCAUAUCUAGUAACAAGUGUUACGGCCAGGACAGUGACAACACCAGUGUCAUACCAUUCCCCCAGGUCAUAUUUAGUAGCAAGUGUUACAGCCAGGACAGUGACAACACCAAUGUCAUACCAUUCCCCCAGGUCAUAUCUAGUAACAAGUGUUACAGCCAGGACAGUGACAACACCAGUGUCAUACUAUUCUCCCACGUCAUAUAUCUAG